AUGCCCCCCAUCACCUGCAACUUUGCGUCCGCCCUCUACGACCGCAUGGUCCCGCUGGCAUCCGGCGAGGUGCGGGCUCCCGGGCUGAACGUCAACUUCAUCGAGGUCGAGCAUCCACGCGACAUCUUCGACCGUAUGGUCGCCAACCGCGAGUUCGACGCCUCAGAGCUGUCGGCCUCGGAGUACAUCACGCGAUACGUCUCGGGCGACCGGUCGUUUGUGGCCAUCCCCGUGUUUCCGUCAAGGGUCUUCCGCCACGGCUUCAUCUGCGUCAACACCAACAAGGUCAAGGAGCCCCAGGACCUCAAUGGCAAGCGCGUUGGCGUACAGCUGUACACCAUGACUGCCGCCGUCUGGAUCCGCGGCGUGCUGCAGCACGAGUACGGCGUCGAUCUGUCGUCUAUCGAAUGGGUCGAGGGCAAGAUGGAAGGCCCCGGGUCGCAUGGCAAGCCGUCUACCUUGCCUCCUCUGGCGCCGGUCAAAAUCACCCGCAACACAGACCCGACCAAGUCGCUGUCCGAUCUGCUGGAAUCCGGCGAGAUCGAUGCGACCAUCGGCGCCGACGUGCCCGCGUGCCUGGGCCGGGCGCCGCAUAUCCGGCGACUGUUCCCGGACUUCAAGAGCGUCGAGAAGGACUACUAUAAGCGCACGGGGAUCUUCCCAAUCAUGCACCUGGUCGCGCUGCGGCGCGAGUACUACGAGGCGAAUCGGUUCGUGGCGUCGGCGCUGUUCAACGCGCUGAACGAGAGCAAGGAGCUGGCGCGCAGGCGGAUGGAGUCGCUGGGCGCGCUGCGCUACAUGCUGCCGUGGCUGCCGCAGGAGCUGGACGACAUCCGCGAGGUCUUUGGCGAGGAUUGCUGGCCGUAUGGGCUGGAGGAGAACCGUAAGACGCUGGAGGCGUUGGUGCAGUUCCUGUACGAGCAGAGCAUGAUUGACCGGAUCAUGCCGAUUGACGAGCUGUUUGCGCCGUACACUCUCUCACGCCUAAAAAGCUGCAACUCACCCAGCUGGCAGCCCACAAUUCGCCGUAACAGAAGCCAUCCCACUGGGGAAAACAAGCACACCAUCCUGAUCCGCGAUCGGCACGCACGUCGAAUCCGUAUCCGGAUUGAUGAGGAACGUGUUAAUAUCCCCCGUGCACCCGGCGCCAGUGAAGAAUUCCACCGUGCAGAGCUCGCCGGGCCCGGUCUCGAACAGCGCGCCGAAGUUGCCCGGCUCGGAGAAGGUGAAGCACGACAGGUCGCCGCAGAUGGGGCCGUUGUUGACGAAGGGUCCGGCGCAGGCGCCGUCUUGGGUGACGGCGAUGGUGAGGCUGGUUGCGAGGGGUGGUAUGAUGACACGAGAUAUCAUUCUGCAGCCUAA